AUGACCAUUAUAAAAAAGCUUGGUGAAGGUAAAUUCUCUGAAGUAUAUUUAAGUUGUGAUAAGAAAACAAGCUUUUUAUUUGCGUUAAAAAAAAUAAAAAAAGAAACUAUAAAUCAAUAUAAUAUUACCUAAGAUAUCAUAAAGGAAAUAAAAUCUUAAACUUUAUUAGAACAUCCAAAUUUAAUAAAACUUUAUGGAUUUUUCGCUGAUGAAGAGGCAAUAUAUUUAAUACAAGAAUUAGGACAUGGAAAAGAAUUAUUCGCAGAUUUAAAAAGCUAACCGAAUAAAAGAUUUAAAGAACCUAUAACCGCAAAUUUUAUAAGAUAAAUUAUAUAAGCACUAAUUUAUAUGCAUUAGAAAAAAUUCAUACAUAGAGAUAUUAAAUUAGAAAAUAUCAUGCUUACUAAUGGAGUUCUUAAAUUAUGUGAUUUCGGUUAUACUACAGCAUUUUAAGAAGAUUAAAUGAGAAAAACUUUUUGUGGAACAUUAGAUUAUGCAAGUCCAGAGAUGGUGGAAGGAAAAGAAUACGAUAAUUCAGUAGAUGCUUGGAGUAUAGGAAUUUUGACAUAUGAAUUAAUAUUUGGUUAGGCACCAUUUACAGAUAAAAAUGAUAUGGAAAAAACAUUCUUGAAUAUUGUUAAAAAUGAAAUCGAUUUUCCAGGACUUAUUUCUUUUGAAGGAGUAGAUUUUAUUAAAAAAUUGUUGGUAAAAAAACCUUAAGAAAGAAUGACAUUAAAUGAUGCUUUAUAACAUCCUUUUAUUUAAAGUGGAAUGACUUCAAGAUAAAAUUAAAGUGAAUUAGAAUUUUCAGAUAUGUAGCUUUUAAAUUGA